UCAAUGGCUGAACUUCCGAAUCUCGGUCAACACUGUGAUGCGGAGCUGUGCAAUUUACUCGGUUUGUUUCUUGUAUUGAUCAUUAUUGAACUUUGGAAAAAAAUAGUUCUUCAUUUAGACUUUCUUCCUGUACGAUGUGAUGCUUGUUCGAAAACUUUCUGCAUAAAUCAUUUCACUUAUGAGUCGCACAAAUGUGGCAAGGCCUAUGAAAAGGACGUACAAGUUCCGGUUUGUCCCCUGUGCAGUAGGCCCGUACCCACACCCAGAAGUGUUUCUCCAGAUGUCCAGAUCAAUGAACAUAUUCUGAAUAACUGUGCUGUUAAUGCAAAGAAGAAGCUGUUCUCAAAUAAGUGCACCGUGAAAGGGUGUAAAAAGAAAGAGCUUGUUCCCAUCAUUUGUCCAUCAUGUAACAAUAACUUUUGCCUUGCACAUCGUCAUGAGGCUGAUCACCGCUGUGGUCAAGUGGAGAGCAACCUCGCCAUUUCCAAAGCAACAGCUGCGACUCUUGCGAGAAAUCAGGGCAGGCACAAUUGUGCAACUGAGGCCAGGAAAUCCCACAUCUCUGAAGACCAAGCGUUGUCGAUAGCUCUGGCAGAUUCCAUGCGCGACGUUGAGAUCAGUUCCGAAGAGAGCGAUAGGAGACUAGCAGAACAACUGCAGCAAUAUGAAUAUGAAAUGUAG